ACAGUCUAGGUCGUUUUCUUUACUAUUUCCCCCACCGCGCUUGGAGUGCACUCCACACGUUGCUCGCUGCUCGGAGAGAGGUUCACACGGCUGCGGUUGUCUCGUCGCCGUCUUGGUCUCCCCGUCCCGGUCCGCGCGUCGCGGUUCUCACAUGACCACCGGGCCGCGCUAGUUUUCACGGCGUGGCCAUGGCCGUCGUCGUCUGCGUCACCGGCGCCGGCGGCUUCAUCGGCUCCUGGAUCGUCAAGCUCCUCCUCGCCCGCGGCUACGCCGUCCGCGGCACCUCCCGCCGCGCCGAUGACCCCAAGAACGCGCACCUGUGGGCGCUCGACGGCGCGGCGGAGCGGCUGACGAUGGUGCAGGUCGACCUGCUCGACCGGGCCAGCCUCCGCGCCGCCUUCCACGGCUGCGACGGCGUUAUCCACACCGCAUCACCGAUGCACGACACCCCCGAGGAGAUCAUCGAGCCGGUGAUCACCGGGACGCUCAACGUGGUGGAGAUGGCCGCGGACGCCGGCGUCCGGCGCGUGGUGCUGUCCUCCACCAUCGGCACCAUGUACAUGAACCCCCACCGCGACCCGGACGCGCCGCUCGACGAGUCGUGCUGGAGCGACCUCGACUACUGCAAACAAACCAAGAACUGGUACUGCUACGCCAAGACGAUCGCGGAGCGGGGCGCGUGGGAGGCGGCGCGGGCGCUGGGGCUGGACCUGGCGGUGGUGAUCCCGGUGGUGACGCUGGGCGAGCUGCUGCAGCCGAGCAUGAACACCAGCACCAGGCACAUACUCAAGUACCUCACCGGCGAGGCCAAGGCGUACGUCAACGAGUCGCACGCCUACGUGCAUGUCAAGGACGCCGCCGAGGCGCACGUCAGGGUGCUCGAGGCGCCCAACGCCGGGGGACGGCGCUACGUCUGCGCCGAGAGGACGCUGCACCGCGGCGAGCUCUGCCGGAUCCUCGCCGGGCUCUUCCCGGAGUACCCGAUUCCCACAAGAUGUAAGGACGAGGUAAAUCCGCCAAAGAAGGGUUACAAGUACACCAACCAGCCUCUGAAGGACCUUGGCAUGAAGUUCACCCCUGUGCAAGAAUACCUCUAUGAAGCGGUGAAAUCCCUGCAAGAGAAGGGAUUCAUUCAGAAGGCUUCUGGCAACAAGGGGCUUGCUAGUAGAGGGAGUUCGCCGCCUCAAAAUUCAACGGCGCCCGUGUUUAUGUCGAAACUUUGAUGGGCUUCUGCACAAAGUAACAAUGCAGUUCGCCGUCAUGUGAAUUGUAAUUCAUUUGAUUAAGUGAUAUGUUGCUGGACAGUUCUUGUAUGUGGCAAACUGCCAACUUUGUGUAGUAGCGCCGUGUUGCCUGGAACAGUACACCGCUACAGAGCAACUUCAGUGAUGCAUGCCAAAUAUUUUCCCUGGUCGA